AUGAUCUUUACUAUUUAUCGUACCGAAUAUAUACGUAUAAGUGAUGUUAUCAAUGAAUGUUUUGAAUGUCUAAAAUUCUAUGUAUUUCGGCUAGAAUAUUCAUUAAAUGAAUAUGAACAACGCCAGAUUCCAUGGACAUAUAAAACAUUCAAACGAACAAUAUGGAUUACAUUGAAUUCAUGGAUUAAUAUCUUGUUCAUCAGUUAUGUUGUUCUAGAUCAAAAUCCAAUACUAUCGAAAUCAUUAGUAACAAUUGAACAAUUACUUCAUUUUGAACGUUCAGAUUUAUUGUUACAAUUUCAAAUAUUUACGUUUAUUAUACUUGAAGCACUUUGGUAUAAAAAGUUUCGAAUGAUUCUCACUUAUAAUUAUAAUGCUCAUUUUAUAGUGAGAAAAUAUGGUAAUCACUUUAAUGAUGAUCAUGAAAUUGAACAAAGUAAUCGACGUCAUUUAACCCAUUUUGUACGUAUUGGUAAUUUGGUAUCGAAAAUAAUGAGUUUUAAUAUUCUGAUGGCAAUGUUUGUAUCUGGUGUGUUUGUUGUUUAUAAAUUUUUUUCAUUCUAUAAUGCUGGCAACAUUGGAUUCAUUGAAAUGAUCAUUUACAUUACACUAUUGAUUAAUCUAUUAAUACGUUCAGCAUAUCUAAUUGGCCUGGUUUUUGAUGCAAUCAGAUAUCUAUUAUAUGUGAUGGAAUUGUUUAAAAUACAAAUUAAACAAAUGAUUUUUCGUUUACAAUCAACCAUUCAAUGUUUUCAAUAUUCAUUAUUGCCAUUUUACAAACAAAGAUUUACAUUUUGGCCACAAUUUAUAAAAGAAUAUGACAAUAUUAAUGCACAAAUGUUCAUGUUGAAUCAAGCAUCAAGUAUGGUUUUUUUUGUUGUUGAAGCCAUUUCAAAAAUAGCAAUCAUAUUCUGUACAUUGUUUUAUAGUAAACAGAGCGCCAUGAAUAUAUACAAUACGAUUAUUGUAUUAUUUCUACUGGCUGCAUUCAUUUAUUCGAAUGGCAUUUAUUUAUGUACAGCAAAAAUACCCGAUUAUAAUGAAAUUGGCUGCAAAGAAUUGAUGAAUUGGCUAACAAGAUUUCAAAUGCAGCAACAACGACGACAAGCAAAUCGUGGUCGAAAUUAUUGGCAUAGAAAUCGGUCUAGAUUAUUCGCCAUACGUGAUACGGUUCGAUCAAAUUUAUUUGUACAACAAAUGUCUCAAAAUCGUUUUGGUUUCUCAUGUGGUCAAUUGUUUUUCAUAACAAAAUCUAAAUUUAUCGAAGUAUUUUUGCUCAGUUUUGUAUUGAGUUCUUUAUUUUAUAAAAAAAUUUGUUUAUAA